UUUGCGAUUUUUUGAAAAACAUAAAAAGAAAAAAAGUUAUGGAGGCGAAAACCACCGGAUCUAAGCAAAAUCAGCCACUAACACCGGCAAUAUCAACGCGGCGGCCGAGAGUUAGAGAAGUUAGUUCCAGAUUCAUGUCUCCGGUUACUUCUUCUUCCUCUUCUUCCUCCUCAGCCGGCGAUCUCCACUUUUUUACCACUUCGAGUUCUCCUAAACACCACCAGUUACACCAACGCUCUGUUUCUGCUCAAAGGCAUAGACGUCAGUUAAAAAUGUCGGACGGAGACGAGAACCGCUCAUCAGAGACGGCAGCGCGUAGCUUAGACUCGCCUUUUACACUCUCUCUGACCGGAAAAACAUCGAAACAAAGCCAACUGAAACAACCGCUCAAGGAGAAUUCUCACCGCCUCGAAACGCCUACGCUGCCGAUCCUUCCUCCGCCGUCUAGGUCACGGCUUAGCCAACACAGAUUACUAACCGCUUCCGUUGCGACGAGGCUUCUCCAAUCAAGCGGCAUAUCUAAUGAUAAGAGAGAAGGAGUCAUCAACGGUCAGGAUAAAUCUAAAUCCAACGGCUCUGAUCAGUUUCCAACGCUUUCUUGUAGAACAAUUCAUCCUAGAGUCUUCAACAGUUGUGUAACUUCUUCUCUUAACCGAACUGUGAGCUCACCGUUGUCGAGCUGUACCGGUCGUGAGAGCAGUUCGUUUUCGCGGAUAGGGUUGCCAGCAUUGCCUCCCGUUGCACCCAAUUCAAAGGCUGCAGCGGAUUCGAAAAAACAGAGAAAGGCUUCAGAGCAAUUGGAAGAUGUGCAUUCUCUGAAACUACUCCACAAUCGUUACCUCCAAUGGAGAUUUGCCAACGCCAAUGCUGAAAUGAAGACUCAUGCUCAAAAAGCUCAAACUGAGACCAUGCUCUAUUCCUUUGGUUCGAAGAUAUCAGAAUUACAUGAUUCUGUGCAAAAGAAACGAAUAGAGCUACAACGUUUAUUGAGAAUUAAAGCUCUUCUUGCGAUUACAGAAUCUCAAACUCCAUGUUUGGAGCAAUGGGCUGCUAUUGAAGAAGAGUAUUCGACUUCGUUGUCGCAAACAAUCCAAGCUUUUUCCAAUGCUUCAUUACGGCUUCCACUUGAUGGACAUAUCAUGGUUGAUUCUAAACAGCUAGGUGAUUCACUUGUGGCUGCUUCUAAGAUUGUUGACGGCAUUACACAAAAUGUUGUAAACUAUAUGCCAAAGGCAAAGGAGAUGGAGAGUUUGGUGUCAGAAUUAACGAGGGUGACUAGUAGAGAAAAAUCAUUGGCACAAGAUUGCGGAGUGGCUCUUCUUAAAACGCAUCCUUCACAUAUUGAAGAAUGCUCUCUAAGAAGUCAACUUAUGCAGCAAACACCAAAAGAAGAGUCAUCUACUAAGUGAACACAACUCUUGUUCUGUUGGGUUGUAGCAGAUAA